UGUUCAGUAUCUCCGUUUAGUAUCUUCAUCCUAUCAUUAUAUCAAUUUGAUAUUAUCAGAAAAAUGGCUAUUUAAGAUUCAAGCCAUAGUAAAACUGAGUCAAGCUUCUUAAUUUAUUCGGCGCUUGACAUAAAAAACAGAUUUCAUUUCGGCCGCGUAUGUCGAAGGCAGGUUUUCUUUUUGUACGAAGAAUAUUAAAAAGCCCCGCUUUAGGAGAGUCACCGAAUUCUCGAGGUGAAACGCGCACGUCGUGAAUCUAAAACCUAAAUUUUCUCUCCAUGGCCAUGUGAAGCAACCAACAAGAAUUUCUGUUCUAUUCGCACAAUUUAAACCCGAGAAACAUCCUAUAUCCGACACAUGCCGUAACUCGGCCUCGCCAUAUCGGGAACACGAUCGCGGAUGGGAAUCACUUAUCAGGGUACCCAGUAACUGUCCAUUCGGCGACGCUAGAAUACCAAUUGAUUGGCCUCUUAAUGUCUUCUGCUGAAUACUUCUCCUUUAUUAAUCGGGUUAGUCGGUUAUUCAGACGCGACCGUUGUUUCCACAAAUGCGUCGCGUGCUCGUACGCAGAUAGCCCCAAUCGUAUCGUACCGUUUCGAUGUUCCGAUAGCGAUUCCACUUUACAGAUAGUUUUAGCGGCUGCGAUCUUAGCCGCUGCGGCCUCUGCCAAAGAUGAGCCCGCGAAAGGCCGCGAUAAGAGACAACAGGUUGCUUUCCAUCCGAGGAGAGGAGCCAGACCGCCACCUUAUGCGGUUCAAAUGGAACCGAUCGUUCAAUAUUCCCAGAGAGAUCCACUCUACAAUCCUCUGGCGAGUUCUAAGAGCGACGAUUUCUACGAAGAGGCGCCGUUGAAUUACUACCCGACUGAACCGGAACCGAUCAUUGAAAUUAUUAUCAAAGAAUCGAACGAAUCAUUACCGACGCCUGCCCCACCACCGCCUCCUCCAACACCGAGGCCUACGAAAGAGCCGAUACAAGUGUUUUACGUGAAAUAUGAGAAGAAAAAAGGGUAUGGAGAAAAAUCCCGAGUCGUCUACGAUCCGCCAGUGCCAGCGUUGACGCCUAUCGAAGAACACGAAGAGAUCAAGUCCGAUAACCCGGCACCUUAUCCGGAAGAACCUGUCCACACAGCGACACCGGCUCCGGCAGAACCUUCUACGACUUUAAGAGCUAUCAUUCGACCCGACAGCGAAGUAUAUCAUUCCGGUUCUAGCGGUAUUCGCGUCACCUUUGGCACGGAACAGGUGCCGCCGAACAAUCACAAUAAACGAAGCGAUUUAGAAACACCAGCGAACACACAGCAGCAGCAGCCACAGGCCAAGCCGACUUCUACCCCUCCAGGAUCCCCCAAAAGACAACACGGCCCGUACCAACCGAUACAACCAGUGCAUCAGCGAUUACCACCGGCAUUUCCUCAGCAAAGAAUUGCAAACUCUUUCCCGCAGCAGCACCAACAACAACCACCGCCACAACAACAAUCCUUAAACUUUUUGCAACAGCCGCAGCCGCAAUUUUCACAACCACCGCAAGCACGAAAUCCACUGCAAAGACCUCAAUCUGUUCGAUUGCCUAUUACGAUUCAAGGUCUACCGGAAGUACAACAACGAUCGCCGUUUAAUAAUUACCCGCCGCAUCGUGUCAACAUUAACCACCCGCAUCAACCAGGAUUUCCACCAACCCUGUCAGUUUCUCAUCAGAAUGUACAGAUACAGAAUGCAGGUUUGCCGUUGAAUCAAGGCAAUCCUUUCAGUGUGGAACAGCAACCGCAACAACAACCGUUGCCGCCGUAUAAGCAACAGGAAUUGGACAAACAAAGAUAUCACGAGCAACGCCGACAACAGGAGUUGUUGAAACAGCGCGAACACCAGAGACAACACGAGCAACAGAGACUGCAGGAGCAUCAACGAUAUUUGGAACAGCAAAGACAGGUCCAGGAACAACAGAGACAUGUCGACCAGCAAAGGCUGGUGGACCAACAAAGAUUACAGGAUCGUCAACGAUUGCAGGAUCAACAGAGGAUACAAGAGCAACAAAGAUUGCAAGAGCAGCAGAGAUUGCAAGAGCAACAAAGAUUGCAAGAGCAACAAAGAUUACAGGACCAGCAACGAUUGCAAGAACAACAAAGAUUACACGAACAACGAAGGAGGAAGCAAGAACAGGAACAAAAACUGUUGCAGGAACAACAAUAUCGGUCGCAAUUGAAGUAUAAUCAGGCGUAUGUACCGCAAGUACCUGUUCUGCCACAGCUCCAAAAACCAGGAGGAGAAAUUUUCAAAGCCGUUCCGAAACUCGAACAACAUUAUGCGAUCCGAGAAAAUCCACUUCAUCCCGGACCCUUCCCACCUACUCCCGCAAUCCAAUCGACCGGAUUUUCGGAAACAUCGCAGAAUCAAUAUGUUUCCGUUCAACCUCCGCAUUCUCCACCAGACAUCUUAAGAACUCCGCCGAAUGAAUUUAUAAAUAAUGGACAACAUCAAAACACGAAGCAACAAACUAUUCAGAGUCAACAACAAGGAUUUUUCGCUCAUAAUUACCAACAGCAGCAGCAGCAGCAGCAGCAGCAGCAGCAGCAGCAUCAUCAACAACAACAACAACAACAAGCACAGCAGCAACGUUUCCCAUCGUCUCCUCAACGGUCCUCAAUAUGGGGACGACCGUCCUUCUCCUCAAGUUCUUCUCAAAAGAUUUACGCAACGCCAGUCAGUCCGUCGGAAGAUUUUAAUUCGAUUUCAACGGUCAGACCAUACAUUUCCAGCACGGCAAUUACUACAACAACCACAACGACAACGACCACCAAGGCUCCUACAACAACCACGGCUUCUCCAAAGAACGAAGAGAAAAUUAGAGAGAACAUAGCAAAUCUACCGGAUGAGGUGCCGGACGAUAUCAGGGAACAGCUUCUCAGUUCCGGUAUUUUGGGUAACGCCGACAUACAAAUAUUGGAUUACGACAAGGUCGGGGACAUACCAAUAGAGAAACUACCGCCGGAGGCUUUGGCGAAUUUCUACGGCGCCGGAGGCGCUUCCGCGGUGGCUGCCAGCGAACCGGUCCCGUCGAUCGUAAAGAAACCCAAAACGGCACAGAGCUCAUCGUCUUCCUCGACCUCCUCUUCCUCCACUUCCCCGGCAGUUUCGGCGAAGAAAGCUGCUGUUAGUUCGACUAAGUUCGAGCAAGCCACCUUGCGGCCUGGUGGAGUGGAGAUGAAAGUAGUACGCUUCGAUCCGAAUACGGAGCAAGGCCAAGCGAUCGCGGAUCAUCACAUACGCGACGAUGCCACCAGGCUGAAUCCCGUGACCGUGGGAGCGAAAGACGAGUCCCAAUACAAUCGUUAUCUGCCGCUCAAAGUGAGCGGAGCUUCCUUUCCGAUCCCGGACGUACCGCAGCUGAACGGUCGAAAAAUAUCCAGCGUGGUCGUAUUGGCGCCUGUUGAUUAUAACUUUCAAGAGGAGAAGGAGAUCGAGUCCAGACAGGGCAGGAGGGUCAGCGAUGUCCAAGCGGUCAAGUUUCUCGCAGGCGACACUCUUAAGCAACUUGUGAAAAAGCCAACCGUGGAGAACUACAAGAAGUGGUUGGAACAAGAGAGCCGUACGGAGCCGCAGAAACAGUCGGUGGUACUGCUCGUAACCAUACCAAAAGAUGCGAAACAAGGUGAGAAAGAGAUCUUCAUGUACGACGUGGCCUCGCAAACCGUAAACAAACUAGCUGGGGAUUUAUCCACAGCGUUCGUAGACGCUGCCGAAAGUAACUCCGACAAUACCGAUUCUUUUAACGAAACAAGUUCCCCAUCGUUUUAAUUAAUUACGAUGACGUAACCGCAGUUGGAAUCUAAUGCAUUGAAGACGAAACAAGGUCUAGUGUGCCAAGGUCCAAGAAUAACACAUAAAACGUUCUGUGGUCUUGUACGUUAUCCUAAAAUUGUAACGAAACCAGAACAACAAAGGUAAAGGACAUAAAAAAAUACAAGUUUUCUUGUAGAUAAUUUUAAUUAUGUAUUAUUAUGUAUAUAUUGAUUUUAUACUUUUUAUACAAAAUAAAUUCAAUAUUUUUUUACAUCUAAACGAUUCGUCUUCAUACCUCACACUAACUUUAUAAAAUCUGAAAACGGACAGAUUGUAAGUAGACAUCGCAAAUUCAUGUCUCAUAUAAA